AUGAAGUUGGACGUCGACGCCCUUAGAUACCUUUCCAAAGAUGACUUUAGGGUUCUUACUGCUGUCGAGAUGGGCAUGAGAAAUCAUGAGAUUGUGCCGUCCGAGUUGAUAGAUCGAAUUGCGUCUCUCAAGCAUGGCGGCACUUAUAAAGUUCUGAAGAAUUUGCUGAAGCACAAGCUCUUGCAUCAUGACUCAGCCAAAUAUGAUGGGUUCAGGCUUACAUACUUGGGCUAUGAUUUUCUUGCAAUUAAGACAUUGGUAAACCGAGGAGUGUUUACUGCGGUUGGUCGUCAAAUUGGUGUCGGGAAGGAGUCUGAUAUAUUUGAAGUUGCUACAGAAGAUGGUACAGUUCUUGCCAUGAAGUUACACAGACUUGGUCGGACAUCUUUCAGGGCAGUCAAGUCGAAACGUGAUUAUUUGAGGCAUCGUAGUAGCUUUAAUUGGCUGUACUUGUCACGGCUUGCUGCUCUCAAAGAGUUCGCUUUUAUGAAGGCUUUGGAUGAGCAUGGUUUUCCUGUUCCACAUGCUGUGGAUUGCAAUCGGCAUUGUGUUGUAAUGUCACUCGUCCAAGGGUAUCCACUUGUUCAGGUGAAGCAAUUGUCAAAUCCAGAUACAGUUUUUGAAACAAUACUUGGUAUUGUCGUUCGCCUUGCAGAGCAUGGGCUCAUUCACUGUGAUUUUAACGAAUUCAACAUUAUGAUUGAUGAUGAUGAGAAGAUCACCAUGAUUGAUUUUCCGCAAAUGGUUUCAGUUUCACAUCGAAAUGCGAAGAUGUACUUCGACCGUGAUAUUGAAUGCAUCUUUAAGUUCUUUAGAAAGAGGUUCAACCUCUCGUUUGACGAAAAUGAAGCUGAGUCUGAUGACUCAGAUGUAGAUUCAGAAGAAAGUUGCCGACCUCAGUUUUCUGAAAUAAAGAAAGUUACUGGUUGUCUGGACAAGGAACUUGAAGCCAGUGGUUUCACGAGGAAAGAUCAAGAUGACAUAGAACAGUUUAUUGAUGGGGAUUUAGGUAAAGAUCAGGGAUCUGAUGAUCAAGUAUCUGAAGAUGAAGAUAUUGCUUGCCCGGUGAACGGUGCCAGCGUGAAGAAUAUUGAGUCCUUGAGCCUGGUUGGAGAGGGAGGUGAUCUACCCGAAGCAUCUCAAGAGAAUCAUAUACGAGAAAAUAAUACCUCCGAUGAACAUAAUAGCCAAACUGGUGUUGAGGCCCUCGAAAAUGGACUGGUUAAGCGUGAGGACAAUAAUGCUGAGGAUGAAGAAGAUUCAGAAGAAGAUGAUGACCCUGAACUUGAGAAGCGUCUAAGCAAACAACGUCAACGAGCCAUCCAGGCAGCCCGUGGGAGGAGGAAGAUUAUAACCUCAAGAAAUACCUACAAGGACAAAGGCGGGAGAUCGUCUCAUAAUUCGAAGAUCCAAAAGCAAUUAAGCAGCUGGUAG